GCUUGUCGUGCUUCCUGCUCUGCCGAGGGAGGGGACGGUGCUGACGGCUGGGAGGACGCGAGGAGCGACAAGAAAGCCUUCGGAAAGACACAAGAGAGCGGGGGAAACGGCCCGGAUUUCCACCGUCCGUCGGGAGAUAAAAAUAAAGCCAAGUUUCCGCAGCGGCCGAAAUUGUCACCGAAGAGGCACCGAAAAAAAACAUGUCGACUAGUCGUCAGCUGAGCGAGAGCAGGGCCAUCCCGACCAGGACGGUGUUGAUCAACGACACAACGCAGCUACCUCAUGACUAUUGUACCACCCCUGGAGGCACUUUAUUCUCCACCACUCCUGGCGGGACGCGGAUCAUCUACGACCGCAAGUUCUUGCUGGACAUGCGGAACUCGCCCAUCGCCCAAACCCCGCCGGCCCACCUGCCUGUCAUCCCCGGAGUGACCAGCCAAAACACGCUCAACGAGAACCGCAAGAACGAAGCCAACAACCACAUCAACAACCAUGACGGGAAGCCAGCCACCGGUGACGACGCUCAGUUUGAAAUGGACAUCUAACAGACCACAUCAGCACCAGUAACACAAAAAAAAAAGUCAACAGAAACCCAAAAGUAAUUGACCUGGCAUGCUCCGCCGUGCCAGUGGCUUGGCUUAUUAGAAACCAAUGUUGUUGCGCCCUCAUGGCAGCCAUCUUCUUUCGCUCUCCGCCUCCUCGCUGCUGGAUGUAACGUGUGUUUCAAGGCAUGGGGCUUUAGUGCGUGCCGGUACUGGGAACUGGGUUUAUUUGGGCAGAUAUCCAUAGCUACUGUACUGUUCCACCAUGCACACUUUAAAGGAUCCUUAACAGAGCACACUUUCUAAACGGUCAUCCCACCUACUCCAGGGAGGGAGGGGCUUCUUUUAUUUUACUUUGGCCUUAAAGUUUACAUUUCAUCGUUGGAAAGCAAAUCGUUUAUUUGCAUCCCCUUAUUUUGGAUAUUAGACCUACCCGAAAGGCUCCACGGUGUGUGUCUCAUUAUUUUUAAAUUAAUGAACACCAGGGGUGUCCAAAGCGUGGCUCGGGGUCCAUUUGCACUCCGUGGCUGCUUUAUUUGUUGUAAAAAUAGAAUUUAACAGGAAAACAAAACAAAAAAAACAGCAAAAUCAGAAAAAUCAGCAUCAUUUUACAAGAAUCACGUCAAAAUAUUGAGGGAAAAGGUGAAAUCUAACAAGAAAAGAAUAUCAGAAUAACAUCAUAAUAUUAUGAGCAAAAAAUAACAUCAUUUACAUGGUAAUAUAUAUACAGGUAUAUAUAUAAAAUGUUAUUUUUUCCAAGUUGCACAUUUGAGAAACAAAACAAUGAAUACAGUUGUCACAUUUGGAAAGUGUUAGAGUGUUACCACAAUGAAGUCAAAAAAAAUGGGAAUAAAGUCAUCAUAAUGAGAAGAAUGAAACUUCAAAUAGUUUGAAAACAAAAUAAAAUAAAGCACAGAAAAGGAGACUACGAUCAAAAUAUGCAGAGAAAAAAGUUGCACAUUACAAAAGUAAAUACAUUUUUGGAUAAUUAGGUUGGGGGAAGUUACAGUAUUAAAUGGGAAUAAACUUACUAUACCGUAUUGAAAAGAAAAUUCACAAAGCUUAUUUAAGAAGAUGGAAAAAAAAAACUAAAAGUGCUACUAAACGGCUUUUCCACAUCUAUCACAAAGCUGAGAUGCAGGUUUUUUUUUUAAUAUAGCCAAUAUAAUCACAGAUUGACAAAAUAUCAAAGUGGUCCUUGCAUCCUUUGCAUGGUCACGAUGUGCCCCUGGCUGGGGACCGCUUUCACGCCACUCCACGGCUCAGUAACGCUAACCUGUGGCAUUUAUUGUCACAGCUUCAUUUCCAAGGAAAAAGCCAAAAGAAACAACAUUAGAAUUGAAGGCACAAAGCUAAAUUGUCCCGACAUCCGAGUUGAGCAAAGUGCAUUCGUGGCUUGGCUGCUCGUCUUUUCUGGGCCUGCAGCCAUAAGAUGAAGCACGAUUUGACACCUGCAAACCACGCCGGCCAACUUCCUGUGUGUCUUACGGUUUAGACUCAUUGAGGAUUUUCCUGCUUUCUGUCAUGAUGAACGUGUAGCAGAUCUGACACUGGCGGCUUGUAUUUCUCUUCUAGGCAGCUAAGAUCCAAAAAUCUGAUACCUUUUUAUAUGACAACUCUCAAAAAGGUGAUUUAGUUGCUGAAGUAAAAAGUACAAAAUGCUGAGAUGUAGGUUAUUUUUCUGUUACUAAAUUACUGGAUGGAUUUUAGUGUGCAAUUCAUUCAUUUUUAGAUGAACGUCGCUGAUUGGAAAAAAAUAGCUUGGACACCCCUGCCCGAAACAUUAGAUAAUCUUGACGGACAUGGUAUCAUUAAUCCCCUGCAAGGACAAAUUCAUAUCUUUUUUUCCCCUCCAGUUGGAGUUAAAGAGCUUUAUUUUGACAUCCUGGGUGCAUCUAAACUAUAAUUGCGAAAGGAGCUGGAAGGUUUAACUGAGAAAUUGUGAAAAUGUUGAAAAGUGGACACUUUUGGAGAAUUAACUAGGAUUUUGUGGUCAUUUUUUCACAAUAUUGUAUACAAAGUAUUACACAAGAAAGACAUGCAAACUACAAUAAUACCAGCCUGACAUGCAAUGUUGCGCCUAUUCCCAUUAAUUCCCACAGAAAGUGUUUUUUUUUCAGCUUCAAACAGGAAGGUGAUACUUUACUUGAAUAUUUAGACCUUUUAUGUGGAAAAACAGCCCGGUGUUAAUUUUUUGCAUAAAGGUUUGUUUUUGGAAGACUUGAAGUGAUCCAGAUAUGUUGUAUGGAUUUUAUUUUCUUUAUUAAAAACAUGCAGGUUAUUGUAACGAGGGUCUUGUUUGGCUGGAAAGGUUUUGUUGAGCUUGAACGGUGCCAUCUGCAAGUCUGUCCCCCAUGUCCUUAAUCCAUUCUACUCGUAAUGGCCGUAUUUUAUUUAGGUUUUUUUUUUCAUGUGCCCACGCCUUACUUAAAUGCAAUGCAGUGCAUAAAAACUACAGCUCAUCAAUUUGUACUACUGCAAACAGAUGUUUAUUUUUUCACUGUAAAUGUUGGACAUUGUAUUCAGCAACUGAGCAAAAAAACACACAAAACAUAUUAUUUUUACUUUGUUUUUGUUUCUUUUCCUCAAGUGGUUAUGGACGAUGAAUGACACCAAGGAUGAGCGCCCUCACAUGCUAAUUUAGUGAUUGUUUUAUUCCAUGAGAAUAAUUCACCCCAUUUGAAAGUUAUGCGUUUUCAUCUGUGACAACAUUUAUUUCAAAUCAGUUCGGUGGGACAGUGAGGGCUUAUCAUUACGUGACAUAAAAAUAUAUAUUUUAAAAAGGUUUGGAACAAGCUUAUUGUAACUUUCUGUUCUGAUUUAAGAUAACUUUAUUUUUCAUGUUUUCAUGAAACUCCAAAAAUGCCAGUGGACGCUGUUGCUACAAGAUCAAUAAAGUUCUGUAACAAGGAAAGCAUGACUGUG